GGAGCGGCAGCUAGUCACAGUGUAGCCGGCGCGCGCGCAUCCCGAACACCAGCGCGAUCCAAAAAUACCGACCUACACGGCCCGGCCGCAUUAGCUUGACAUGGGCUGACCGCGCUCUGUUUCUUCUGUACAAACAAAUUUUCAAUAAUUUCAACGAAAUUCCAAAUUCGAAACGAUCUUAAUUUGAAACAUUCCAAAUUUGAAACGAUUCUAAAUUUGAAAUCCGCCAGUGUUGUGCCGUUUUGAGUGGUUUCCGCGAGGCCGAUGCGGCGAUGUCGCCGACUGCUAUCGGUACUGACUUACCGCAAUGGUGCGGUAAGACAGAGAGCUGCCCGCAAGCUCUACUCGGCUGGCUUUACUUGACUCACGACCAGAAUGAUCAGUGGGUGCCAGGCUCGGUAUGGGGACCUCUACCAACUGCAACGCCGGGCUCUGCCCAGCAGCCUCCAGCAGACGAUACCAGCUCGUUGGCCGAGCAGCUAACUGCGUUGUCACUGAGACGACCACCCAGACCACCCCCUCCGGCUUACAUGUGUCAUUUAUGCUUCAAAAAAGGCCAUUACAUUGGAGAUUGCCCCCAGGCUCGACCUAAAGGCGAAGGGUUAACCCCAUACCAGGGUAAGAAGCGAUGCUUCGGUGAAUACAAGUGCCCUAAAUGCAAGCGUAAGUGGAUGAGUGGUAACUCCUGGGCCAACAAUGGACAGGAGUGUAUCAAGUGCCGCAUCAAUGUGUUCCCGCAUAAACAGAGACCACUGGAGAAACCUGACGGGUUGGACGUGAGUGACCAGUCCAAGAUUCACCCUCAGCAUCUAUGUCAGAAGUGCCGUUCCCUCGGGUAUUAUUGCCGGCGCGAGUACUAAAAGCUAGUAUUAUCUUAGUUACUAGGAUACGAGUAUAUACUGACAUAAAUAGACUCAAGAUACUGUAUCUUAGAUUAACUUAUCUUCAAUUCAAAUAUUGCACACUUGAUUUUCAUUUUUCAUUGAAGCGAAUCCCUAUUAUUUAUGCACCCUUAAUACAAUACUGCAAUAAUUAAAAAAAUAUGAAUUUUGGAAUAUUUGGAAUUUGGAUUUUCGACUCUAAAGUAUUAGCGUUAUAAAGUCAAGUUUCCAAAAUAUGAAUGGUAAUAUAGUAUUAGUAAGCGAUUAUGUUUAUUAGUAUUCAAUUUAAAAUGUGUGAAAUAAAAUUCAUUACAACUAAUAAACUAUCAAUACUGUGCAAAAAUAUUUGUUAUAAUGAAUAUAUAUAAAUUAUAUAACCAAAAUAUUAUAAAACCAAACCAUUUGCUAUCCCAAA